UACGCCUCAUCCCACAGACUUCUGCGCUAUCAGUUGCGCGCUCAUAGUGAAGGGAAGAGUUGCACUCUUAGUUUUCAUCGGGAACAGGAUUUGUGUACAGUAUAUGGGGACAUGAUUCGAACGCUGGUGCUGUUCUCUCUGCCACUGUAUAUCUUCACUGAGGUGCUGGAAAGAGUCAGUCUUAGCGAAGAGCACGCUCUCACCUGUGGACAGGGUAUAAUUGACUGUGAAGUUAAACCAGGAGCUUGCCUUGGUCAUGAUGAAAAUGUAUUUGUGUGCGGUCUGAAAGCGUACGUGGUGCUCUGCCAAACGAAGGAGAAAACCUGGAGUCUGUGCUUGAAACUUUUGGUGAAUAUAACAGUCAGAGAUGCAGUGGGUGUUGAACUAGCAGGUGAUGUUAGUGGUGAUGAUAAAGCGGCGGACGUCCUUGAGAAAGCACACAGAAGGGUUCUUUAUGAAGAUGAAGAUAACACUACUGCCACUGUUUGUGUAUGUUACACAAACCCUUCGCUGUCAAAAUCCAAAAUCUUACACUUCACGUUGUCCUCUUCAGUGUUUGAUGGUGGCAACACACUACAGGUGUGGAUGUCUUUAGUAGUAAAGAUAAGGGAGGUAGACCUCGGCAGCCCACUCACAGUCUAUUCUUUCUACACAAACUCUACUAAACAAGUCACUAUAUUAACACCUUCAAAAGAAGAAGUGUGUUCGAUGGAUGGAGAUGUUGUGUUCUGUAAAGAUGCUCCCAGGUUGGGUAGAAGAACUGAUCCCAUAACAGGAGCGAUAAUACUGUAUGUGGAAAAUGCAGAUAAAGAGAGAUUCCAAAAAUUCCAGACUUGUCAAAAACUGGAAAGAGAUGGAAAGUGUUUAAAGGUGGAAUGGAAUGAUGCAAGCCAGGAGUUUGAGAUUCCACGCAGCUCUGUUGCCCCCUGUCUGUGCUUUGAGAUUUGGGGUAACUUUCCUCGAAAAGUGCACUGUCCAUUUUUGAAUGAAACAGUUGUUUCAGACUCCAAUGUAUCAGUGUCUGUGUCAGCAAUUAAACUUCAUAACUCUGUGGAAAGUGACAGAACAGCUCUGAUCUGGAACCUUACCUCUCCGUGCCGGCUAGAGACUGAACUUUGGCUUUGCAGGAAAGGCUCAAGUGUCGACAGCAGCUGCAACCAAAUAAAUGACAUGCAUCAUGCACACAAAUACCAGAAACGGAUUAGGCGCAAGGACAAAUGGAUAAGAACGGACGCUGGGCACUGGCAAUUACAAGGAGAGUUUUCGCAAGUUGAACAUAGUUCUUCAUUAUGUGUACAGGUCAAGGUGAGGGGAAUUGCUGGUUAUCUGGGUCCAGUGUGCCCAUUUGAAGUGAAGAGAGCACGUUGGAGUUUCCUGUUACUUGUGUGUGUGUUGCUCGUGUGUCUGUCUGUACUGGGAGCCCACGCAUUUCAGGGUGCACUUAAAAGUUGGAUUUCCAGAUGGCUGAAGGUGGACAACAUGACCAGGGCAGCAGGCGGUGUUGAGGUACUCUUGGUGUGUCCUCCCGACAGAGAUCAUGAAGUCACCGAGCUGAUCUGUCGCCUCAGCUCCAGUCUCUCCACUCUUGGUUUUAAUGUAUCUACGGACCUGUCGAAUCGAUCAGAGAUAAAUUCUUUGGGUCCCAUUCCCUGGCUACACUCCCACCUCGACCAGGUGCAAAUUUGUGGAGGUAGGGCAGUGUUGGUCCUGACCCAGACCACCUGUGAACGGGCAAAGGAAUGGGCACGUCGAGGUGUAGGUGAAAAAUACGAACCGAAAGAAGCCUUUCAAUCUUCACCUUUCUUGGAUGUUUUCAACGCGUCACUGAGUUGCAUUCUUGCUGACUAUUUACAAGGUCGUGCUGGCAAGCGAUUUAUGCUGGCCCAGGUUAAAGAACAAUCUCCUGGGUCAGUGUUGACAUUCCCUGAGUUCUUUCAGGGGCUUCCAUUUUUCAGCUUACCGUCUCAAAGUCUUGGCUUCCUAAUGGAGCUCACGCAUGGGGUCCAUAAGGGACGAGGCAUGGCAAGACAUUGUAAACGAUCCAUGUCGUUGAGCACUGCUGCACAGGCAUUAUCAGGGGCAAUCUGUGGACUCACUGGAAGUACAGGACACAAGUCUGAAACUGAAGAUGCCUAAGAAGGAGCUCCACUACAGCAAAACCAGACAACCACACAAACUAACUCUUACAGAAGCACAAUAGGCUGGAUCUAAAAUACAUUUGAUCACUGCUAUGGAACUAUGUCAAUUUGAUAUGUAAAUACGCCUCUUUUUAUGCUAAGUCUGUAAGCGAUUCAUGUUCUAUGUAGCCUUUUUCACACACAUCAAAACACAAAUGGAAAGUCAAAAAUAGUUUAGGCUACUUUCUUCCUGAUAUGUUAAACUGAAUUUCCAUGCCUUUUCAUGUAUACUGUAUCAAUUCAAUUUACUAUUCUGCUUCUCCUCUGUCUUUACAGUGUCAGCAUGAUAUCAUUUUUAAUUAGAAAUUUGGUAAUAUGUUUAGUGGAGUAUUAAUUGACAUUGUUUUACAUAAAGCAGUUAAUAGGUAAACAUAAAUACACAAAUUAUUCUUAAUAAAAAAAAAGAAAACUC